CGCGAAAUUGGGCGCAUUCCCUCAGCAGCGAAGAGAGCAACAACAUAGUAUCGAAGAGGCUUCAUUCAAUCGUUUGUUCCGGACUUACUUUGUGCAAGGCAAGCUAUUACCACCAAGCAUAUAUAUUAGUAACGCCAGCUUUGAACAAACACAGAUACAGAUACCAUACUAAUAGCUCCCCAAUUCCCUGGCUGCAUUCACAAUCAUAAUACUUCGCAGUAGCGGCCAUGAAAUCCACAAGAUCGUCUUCGGUUGGUGGCAGUGCUAGUAGGAGGCGCAGCACAACCAGCGAACGGCGGAACAACAACGAACAAACACCAACAUUGCGAAGAUCCUCACGAGAUCGAGAUGCUGCAAGUCCUGCCUCGCCAAAGUCUCUGCGGUCCCGAAGACGAGCCACAUCAGCAGAGGAGUCCCUUAGUAUUAUUCGAACGCCAACGCCAAUACGAAGAGAUCAUGCGGAAGGGCGGAGGUCGAGAAACAACAGACACCCGCCUAAAAUGGUUUCUGGUACUACCGGUGAUAUUGGCUCUGGCUCUGGCUCUGACGUAUUGGUAGCGGAUAUGGAGGGAACGCUAGUGCGGGUACAUUUGACAGUGAAUGGAAGCCGCAGUAGUAGUGAACAACAAGGAACCACCACAAAAAAGCAUGCCCCAACGUUUCUGGGUCAAGAUGGGAACCUCUUUAACUGUAUGGUGUGUCGAGAAUUUGGAGAUGUCGUUUGUUGCGACGGUUGUCCUCAUGUCUAUCACCCGCAUUGUAUUCCAGUGGGCUCACCAUCUAGAAUAUCCCUCGAUAAUGACGAAGAUCCCUGGUUCUGCCCGGCGUGUAUUGACAAGCAGACGCAGACGACAACAACAACAACACCCCUCAAGAAAGACGAGGGAGAGAAUAAUCAUCAUCAUCAUCAUCGACCACCAUCAUCAGCUGAACAAGGAAGCAAUACUACUACUAAUACUCGACGAACCAUCAAAUACAGAUGUCAAGAGUGCCAACAAACCAGGCCGGACCUUGCAUUGCAGCCGUGCAACGUUUGUUCCGUACACAUUCACCAUCCUCCUUGUCGUGGAUCGCCUUCUCCUUCCGAGGCAACGGCUGUGUUAUGCUCCAGCUGUCGGGCAGAAGCAGCACUCAACGAAGAAGAGCUGGAAUUACAUGCCAAAAAGAAAUCACGUCGGAGUAGAAUAAUAGUGGGAGAAGAAGCUCCUAUUCGCGCCGACCCGGAUGUUGCUAGUAGGCCUAGGCGACGAACGCGAUCCAUUGACGCAGCAGAAGAAGGAUACACACCACCGGAUGCUGCUGCGGAUAAUGAUGAUGAUGAUGAGGAUGCCAUUGACUUGAGGGGUCUUUCUGCACAGAGCGCACAAAAGAGGAAACGUCCCGUGGUUGCCAAUGACACUGCUGCUGCCCACCACGACGACGACGAGACACCUACUAAAUCCGAGAAGAAAAAGUCCAAAAAGAGAAAGAAACGAAAGCGAGAUUCGGACGCUCACCUACCACCGUUGGAGGAAUCAUCAUCGUUGACAACAACGGAAGUGGUAGUAGAACAACCGACUACUACUAAUAAUACCGAUGCCGAUCCUCUAAAUCCACUGGAGGACGGAACUCAACCUCAACCUCAACCUCAAAUGCGUGGACCACCCACCAGCGCCACACCCGCAUUUCACUUUUACCUUGUGGAACAGAGACCCAAAAUUGAAAAAGUCUUGUCGCGGAAGCAUCGCUAUUUUAACCGGUUGCCCAAGGGAAGUGAGAGAAAUGCACUGAUUGCCAAAGAGGCAGCUAUGCAGUGGGUCAAACUGAGCUCGGUGGACCAAAAGCGAUACAUUAACUUGUCGAUGCGGGAUUACGAGAAUCGAAUCAUUGCUUGGAAAGAAGAGAAAAAUAUUCGGGAUAUGAUGAUGGCGAACAGCACGAGCACUGGCACUACUGACGAAACAACAGGCGAACAACAACAACAACAGCCCUUGGAAGAAGCAGAUGACGACGUCGACAAGCCACACGACGAUAGUAUCCUGACGUAUGAAAUGCACCAGCGUCUUUACUGGGGAACAUCGGUUGGAAGCAAACCGUACAAGCCAGAACCGGAUCAGAGCCACAAUCGCGUUCUGCUGGACCUACUUCGAGACAUGAGAUUUCAUCCGCUUCCAAUGCUCUCUGCUUGUCGCAAUAGCAAGCACAACAGUAGCCCUGACGACACGCAAAAAGUGUCCAUUCGGCAUUUCGAUGUGCAAGGGCCAAUUGCCACCAGUGUCGGCGACGAAUGUCUCGGUUGCAGUAGAGGGUGGCCUCACUUUUGUCCUGUGCUCCAGCGGCGGCUCCCGUCGAUUGAGCAACGAUCCAAGCUGCAGCCCGCCGCAAGCGCUCUGAUCAGUACUCGUGUAGGUCUUGGUCUGCGCCCUCGGCUAGAACGAGUCGAGACCGAAGAAGAAAAUGAGGACGAAGAAACCGACAACAACACCAAAGCUGAAUUCUUGACCUGGAGGGACGCACCACAUGCUAACGAUCUCCGCAACGUCAGGUUUGUCCCCUCUGGUAGUUUGACGGACCCAACUUCACGGGGCGAUGAUAUCGUGGAGUUUGUGGAAGAAGUGGUGGCGAUGAAAAUUCCCGAGCCACCCAGGCCUAGUGUGAUGAAAGGAAAGCCGACGGAUUCGACGCCGAAGAAGACCAUCGCAAGAGGCACCUUGCCAACCAGGCACAGGAAAUCCUUGGACGGCACGGAUGCCAUUGAAACUGCCAGCUACGAGACUAUCAACAAAUGCGGGCGUUGCAGGACAAUAAUUAUGACCGAAAGUGGUUGCGUUCAGUGCCGAAGAGCACAGCUGGUUAUCAACAUGUCCAAGCGGCAACCCCCGCCACAGGCUGAGCAGCAUCAACCGAAUGAGUCGAGUCGCCAGAAGGUCGACAAGGCGAACCUACUCAAGGUGCAAACUGGAAUGUUGGGACGAGUCAUCACAAAGGAGUCCAUCGGCGAAAGCUUGGGUGAAUCGGACAGAGUCAUAAGCAACGCUAUUCUGAAGGAGAGAUUUACACCUUGUGCUAUUCUCCCUUCGACAACGGCGCUUGCUCCUUCCCGGCCUGUGGCAUCGGCUACAGAAAACACGACAUCCAUUGACGCGAGGACGGUGGAGAACUACGGCUUUAGCGUCGGCACGACCCCUGCGGAUUCUUUAUCCACACCCAGUUCCAAAAGUGUGGACCCACAGACAGGCACCGAGGAUCGCGCACGGAACUCAAGGCGGUCUGCAGGACAACACAGCUCUUUUGAAAGCGGCGACGCUGAUCGUCAGGCGCUGGCCAAGCAGCAAAGAGAACAAACCGAUAAGAUUCACAAGCAGACUUUGUCCAUUGCCUGCUACGGAAUCUUGCUAGCUUUGAUACGUCGGGACCCGCUUCUGCUCUUUGCUCAGCCGGUGACAGCGGAAGGGUAUGCUGCGAUUGUUAAAAAGCCGAUGGACUUCUCCAAAAUUCGCAGCAAUGUUUUGGCAAAUUCCUAUACAUCUUUGGGUGCCUUUGUUGCAGAUGCAAGGCUGUUGUGCGACAAUGCGCUCAUAUUCAACCCACCUGGAUCAAUCUACUGGAAGACUGCUAAGGAACUUCUUGACGUGUUGAUGCUGAUGCAGAAGCGAGCAAGCAGAUGGAUUACUGCCAUUAAGAACGCAAAUGCUUCAUAUUGGCGAAAGAUCCCAAAAAAGCGAAAGAGAGGACCAGGGGAGGGCGACAUGGACACUGCUUCUGAAGUCCUAGGUGGUGACCCCUUCAAGCAGUUACGCCAGACAUGGCCUGAGGCUGUUGACAUGUAUGAGAACAGUGAUUGGUUUAAGAGCCUGCUGACAGCGGACUUUACAAGGACCAGGGAGAACGAAACAGCCUUCUAUGGUGCCCUUGCUGUUCGUCGGGCAGCCAAGGCAGCUGAAGUUUGCCUGGCACCCUACACAGAUACAGGUGGUGUGUAUUCCGCUGUUGUGAAGAGAUCAGCUGAUGACGACGAGGAACUGCGCCAGGUCGUGGAUUCGAAAGUCGCCAAAGUAAUACGCCCAAUAGAGCUGCGGGAAAUUGCAACUGGUCGCGAGGAAACAGUUGUAAGACUGAUGCGGAAGGUUCAAAGCCGACGCUUAGAGCGUCGGAUUGGGUCUGAGAAUGGAUGCGCUAGGUGCGAUGGAAUGGGUUUCGAUCCUGAGAUGAAAGCAGUGAUGAAUGCGGAUGUGCGCUGGGGUCGAAGCAAGAAGAAAGGUGAUGGUGACCCUGAUGCUAGGGUUGCGGCAUCGCGCAUGCACCUCACCACUGGUCUUGCAAGUGCCAAUACCCGCGAUCGCAUUGCCAAAAUUGGAGAGUUGAGCGCGGAGGACCGAUUGAAUUCGAUAAAUGGCAUGUGCGUUUCCUUGCGUGGAAGUAAGACUCAUGGUCUUGGCCUCUAUGCAGAGCAACAUUUCAGGAAAGGCGAUGUCGUUGCGGAGUAUGUCGGAGAGUGCGUGAGUCUGGCUGUUGCUGACGCCAGAGAGAAGAUGUAUCGAGAGAUGCGCAUUCAAGACUACCAGUUUCGGUUGGAUGACUCCCAAAUCAUCGAUGCUACAUUGAAGGGGGGCUUGGGCAGGUACAUCAACCAUUCCUGCAAGCCAAAUUGUGUCACAAAGGUGUGCAUGGGGAAACCUCCCAAUGAAAGGCUCCGUCGAGUGAUCAUUUUAGCACAACGCGACAUUGAGCCCCGAGAAGAGCUUAGUUACGAUUAUCAAUUCCCGUUGGAGUUGAAUCUCAGUGCUCGCAUCCCUUGCAACUGUCAGUCCGACGUUUGCCGUGGCUUUAUGAAUUGGGAUCUCCCCGAAAAGGGUGCGAACACUGGCGCAAUUCGAACUCAGAAAAGAGGUGCCAAUAUGAGAGACCGGAUUAGACGUUUGGGACGGCCGCUGAAGAAGUGAGCAAUAUGGGUAGCAGCACCAGACUUGUACUUGUGAAGCCAUGGCAGUAGCAAAGUGUACGAUGCUAACAAGUUAUGUGUACAAGUAGAUUCCUUUGUUCUAUUACCAGCAAUCUCAAUCGACUUAGUGGUGCAUUCUGGGAAUCUAAUCAUGACGAGGAUGGCCGGUGCUUGGUUCGGCUCAUCCAUCCGGAAAUGAAGAAACUUGGGAAGAGGAUACUGUGAACUGCUGAAGCAUUUGAGUGGUUAAACACACUGCAGCUCUGACCUGAUCAUGCCAUGUUGUUUCCUGAUACGAUGGACACUAUUACAUUUUCGGUUGUGAUGUAUUCAAUUAAAAUCGACGUUCGGAACAGAUCGUCUGUACGCCACUAUUUGAGUGCUUUACAAGAAAAACCUCAAGUGCUCGUGAGAUCUCAUGACAAUGACGACAAAACCGACUUGCUGCUGAGCACCCCUGAAUACGACAAUUCAAAUGAACAUGAACACGAGCUCUGGCUUUUCAUCUGCAGUGCAUUGUUUCACCUGUAUGAAGAAGGAGUAGCAGGAGCCACACCAACCAAAUCAACAAGAUCAGCAGAGGAAAGGGUGGCAAAAAAUACUGAAAAAAGUGCUAACCGGAAGGCUGCCGAACCGAAUUUCCACAGUGGUAGUAGCAGGAGGAGGUGUUAAGGUAGUGUUAUAGUAGUUGUGUUACUUGUUGUGGUUGUUGUUGUAGUGUGGCUGACUCUAGUAAGCUGGU